UCGUACUGUGGUAGACAGCCUGAAUUCACUCAGGUUGCUCUGAGGGGUUAUCUCCUUCCAGUUCCACUAGGAGACACAGAUGGGUUGUCCUUGACCAUUCCAUGUGCCCACCUGCAUUUCAUUAGACAACAGCAGUUUUACAUACCACACCACCAUGAUGACAUAGCAGCUUCAGAAAACAGCGUGACCAGGAUCUCCCCCAUCUCCAGCCCAUGUUUCACAGAGGAUCUGGCAGGCAGUUACCUUCUGACACUGUUUAUAGCAUAUAUUGGUCGACCCAGUCCCUUACUGAAUCUGCUCUGGGAAUUAAAGCAAGCAACUUCACAUCAGAAAGAAUCUACUCAAUGCAAAGAUGCAUCUGAAUUCUCUUCUUUUAUUCUUUUUCUUGAUCAGUGGCAUCUUUUGUCAAUAUGAUUAUGAUGGAUAUUAUCCUUCAGAGCCUGACUAUGGAUAUGCUCACUCUAUGUUUGGGCCAUCAACAGCAGUCUGUGCACCAGAAUGUAACUGCCCUAUAAGCUAUCCCUCAGCCAUGUAUUGUGACAAUCUUAAAUUGAAAAGUCUCCCAAUUGUUCCUUCUGGAAUUAAAUACCUAUAUGUCCGGAAUAAUAUGCUUGAAGGCAUAGAAGAAAAUGCUUUUGAUAAUGUGACAGACCUGGAGUGGUUGAUCCUAGAUAAUAACCAUCUGGAAAAUUCAAAAAUUAAAGGAAAAGUCUUUGCCAAAUUGAAGAAUCUGAAAAAAUUGCAUAUAAAUUACAACAACUUAACCGAAGUUGUUGGACCGCUUCCCAAUACUCUGGAUGACCUGCAGCUCACUAAUAACAAGAUUGCAAAAAUCAACCCCAAUACUCUUGAAGGACUAGUGAAUCUGACUGUCAUUCAUUUACAACACAAUGAACUCAGUGGAGAUGUUCUUUCUGGAGUUUUUAAGGGCUUAAAUUCCCUCCUUUAUCUUGACCUAAGCUUCAAUAAACUUUCCAAGCUACCUACAGGACUGCCUCCUAACAUACUGAUGCUCUAUUUUGACAAUAAUCAGAUUACCAACAUUCCCGAUGAAUAUUUCCAGGGUUUUAAAGCACUACAGUAUUUACGUCUAUCUCACAAUAAACUGACAGAUUCUGGUAUACCGGGCAAUGUUUUCAAUAUUUCUACCCUUGUUGAGUUGGAUCUUUCCUAUAAUCAGUUGAAGAAUAUCCCAACAGUAAAUGAGCACCUUGAAAACUACUACCUCCAAGUCAACCAGAUUAACAAAUUCCCAGUGAGCAGCUUUUGCAAGGUUGUUGGAGCACUAGCCUAUUCCCGAGUAAGACAUCUGCGUUUGGAUGCAAACAAUCUGACAAGAGCUGAUCUUCCCCAAGAAAUGUACAACUGUCUCCGAAUGGCAGCUGAUAUCUCUCUGGAGUAAACUGUGUCUUAUUUCAUUCAGAGGCCAGCUCUGUUGUCAUGCUUUACAUCAGAAUAAUACUUCAAACUAAAAUAUCAUCUUGGAUCAUACAUAGUGUGUUUGUUAAUAAGCAACAUAAGUUUGGUCAUCUUUUUUCUUUUUUCUUUUUUAAAAUGUGUAUAUUCUAGUAAGUCAGUGAUGCAAAAGAUUUGUACAGCUAAGAUGUCCCAUAGAUUGUGGACAAAGUUGUUUUGAUGUUUAUUUUUUAGACUCUUUUUGGUAAGACAGCAAAGUACAGCCUGAGUUUGAAAGGGUUUUUAAAAAGCACUGUGGGUGUGCAGUCCUACUCAGGUUUGUAGAAGUCAGGCAUGUUCUAAUCUAGAUGGAGUAUUUCGUACGUUAGGGCUGGACCAUAUAUGUACAUUAUUUUCACACUUUCAAAUCAGACCUCUCUCCUGUUUUGUAAUUUCAUUUUGUUUCACUAUUGCAGUUAUAUUACACAGGAAAGCAAUCUAUUAUACCUAUAUAAACUAAUAGCAUUUAUAGGAAAAUAUAGUUGAAGAUCCCAGUUAAAUAUGAUUCAUGCAAAGGAGUGAGAAAACAGCAACAUUUUGCAGGUUUUUAUUUUGCAAUUCUUUUUAUGUUCAUUCAGUGAAAAUGUCAUGGUUCUGUUUGUUUAAGGCUUUAAAGCAAAAUGAUUAUUUUACAGAAAAAUAUGUACACUAUUAUUGUUAUUCAUUUAUUUGCAUGCUAUAUUUAACAUAACUGUAGCAAAUAAAACAUAGCAAAUAAAAAAUCAUGAGUACAAAUUAUUGUUUAAAAAGUUUGCAUUUUUAAAGAGUAACUGCAGAUAAAAACAAACCAAAGAGGUUAUUUUAUAUUUUGCUGAAUUAUUGUAAGUUUACAACUCCAUGAAAUAAAUGGUUUUCUGUA